UUAUGUGGUGAGACUCCUUGUUCCUUGCAUGUUGCAGGAGGUGCAAUGGGGGAAAUUCAACAUGAUAGAAGCCGAGCGGCGCCUCCUUGCAAACGCUCUCCUCGACUUCUCCAACGAGCGUUUCAUCCUCCUCUCAGAGUCAUGCAUUCCCCUCUUCAACUUCUCCACCAUCUACUCCUACCUUAUCAACGCUAAUCAGACCUUUGUGGAGUGCUACGACGAUCCCGGUCGAGACGGACGCGGCCGCUACAAUAGAAGCAUGAAUCCACCCAUCAAGCUCGAUCAUUGGCGGAAGGGCUCUCAAUGGUUCGAGAUGGAUCGCAAGCUCGCGUUAGACAUCAUCUCCGACCGUCGGAUAUAUCCGACCUUCGAGAAGCACUGCCACCCCCCUUGCUAUGUUGAUGAGCACUACUUACCAACGUUCGUGGGUUUGAAUCUUGGCGCGAGGAAUUCAAAUAGGACUUUGACUUGGGUUGACUGGUCAAAACGUGGGCCCCACCCUGCCAGGUUUGAGGGAAUUAAUGUGACGGUUGAGCUGUUGGAGCGGAUGAGAAAUGGGAGGGAGUGCAUGUAUAAUGGGAAGGUCAGUAGGACUUGCACCUUGUUUGCUAGGAAGUUCGCGGCCAAUGCUUUGGAGCCGUUGAUGAGGUUGGCCCCACAAGUGAUGGGGUUCCAUUGAGUGGGCCCACAAGUGACGGAGGGUCGAUUAUUUAUUGUAUGUGAAUGGUGUGGAUCCAUAUUUAAUAGAUUUUCUUUUGAAAAAUUAAGAAAUAAAUUCAUUUUAAAU